CGCCAGGGCCCAGAGAGGGGGUUCACGUAAUGCUGGCAAUGGUCCUCAGCAUCAAGCCACAGGUCUAAGCGGUCUCGACCUUUACUGUAAACAGCAGUCUCUCCGGACCCCUUGACUCCAGGGAAUGGGGUGUGCCGUAGCAUAUAUGAUCCACUUACCCUAUCGCACCUCGCUGUGCUUAUCGAGACAAUCAUGGUAGGCUGCUCUUCAACCAACAGCUGCUUUCUUUCCGGAACUUCUGGCACACGGUCUCCCCUCUCAAACUCCCCAGGCAUGCCUGGUUUCGAUACUUCUCGACAAUGCCCAAAGCGCUCACCAAGGAAGCGGACAUCCCAAACACGCGCCCUCCUGGACCGAUCGUCGUCGCCAGAUGUCUCCACCCCUGAGGCUCGAACACCGCCAACUUCACCGCAGAGAGCUAAAACUGGGGAGUACUGGGAUAGGCGCGUGAUGGAACUUGCAGAACGGGAAGCGGCAAGACAGGCCAAUUCCUCAAGCCCCUGUAGGCAAUCGCCGUACCGUCCUGGUCAACAAACCAACGUGUUGGAGGACAUCAUUUCAAGCUACGGAGGAAUCCCGGAUUCUCCAACCAUUCGCCCAGUGCCGUCACCCAUACCUGAAGAUGUGACCCCUUCGUCAUCGACUUUCGAUUUCGGAUUUCCCCUCGAGCGUGAUAGAGUCGACUCCGCGCAUGACAUUGGAGGAUUUACCCCUGCCUUAGCUCCACCGCCUCGGAUUCUUUCGAAAGAGUCUCCUCCCAUUGCACAUUAUCGGUUGAUCCCAAGAUGUCAAGGCUUGCGGAAGGAGGGCCAAACACUUGCUUCACCGGUACCUAUAAAAGAAUCCUCUAAGAAGCCAGCAAAGUCGUCAAAAAAGUCUCCCGGGAAGAACAAAACACAACCGUCGCCAAAAUCUCGACAAUGCCCACCUCGCCCUCCUAGGCCAGACAAUGCGCCAGUAGAGGAUCUAUCCCCGACGGCCCCGCCUGUCAUCCGCAUUGUGCGCAAGCCCGUCGCUCCCCUAAAACUCAGCGCACCCAUCAGACUCGUCACGGAAGAUGAAGAGGCAAAACCGGCGGAUGAGAAAAAGGAAAAGGAAAAAGCGUUGCUACCGCCAUGCCGCCCCAGCCGCUCUGGAUCCCUUGCCACAGCCGCGCCCCUGACACCCACCAUGCCACCAGAGCCAAUACCAUCCCUUAGCCCUGUGCACAACGCUUCCUAUGCACUGCAGCAGACCGUGUCGGUGUUUGAAGACGAAGACGACGACGAUGAGAAGGCCAAGCUUAUCGACUACGUUAGAUGGACGCUACAUGCAAGCAAGAACUCGUUCUCGGUAGACCGCGAGAAGAAAGACAGAGAGAAGAAAGAUAAGGGAAAGGAAGAAGAGGCGAAGCGCGACCAUAAAAGAGACAGUAAUGAUGAGUCGGAGAGUGGUAAUGACAAGCCUCCAAGGAGGCGGAGGAGAAGCACCAUUCGCCAGGCUAUCACGAGGGUGCUGCGGUGUGGAUCCACCACACCAGAGGAGAAAUAACGGUGGCGUUUCUUUUUGUCUUUCCCUACCCUAUUUGACAAGAGGAACCGGCGCAUGAAGAGACGGUAGACCUGGGGUAAUACUGUCCGACGGCGUCUUUUUCUUCUUUCAGUCCAUCUUCUUCGGUCUGUCAAUUUCUCUCGUCA